AUGCCAAUGUCUUAUCCUCCUGGAACAUUUCAACAACAACCAACUGUGAUGAUUCCUGGUACUUCUAUGAUGCCUCCACCCCACGCAACAACAAUCAUUGCUCCUGGAAGCCCACAUUCCUACCAUGGUCCCUACCAUAGCCAUGGUCCAAGCCACCGAAGCAGACUCCUCCCUGGUCGCAUCACAGAAGGGAGAGUCAUUGCCGCUAUUCAUACAGUCGCACUCCUUCAUAUGAUAGAGACAGAUCCCACCACAGGGGUAGACAUCGUGCUGGUCGACCUUGGAGUAGAAGUCAAAGUCUUUCAUAUGAUAGUAGAGACCCUUCUCAUUGUCCUCAUGGUGAAAGAGGCCAUAGACGUCCUGGAAGGAGUCGCUCUGCCUCUGUGGAUGAAGGUGAUAGAGGCUGUAGACAUCCUGAAAGAAGUCACUCUCGCUCUGUAG